AAGGUGUUUGACUCAAUCAGUUCCAGCAAAUUUUAAAUAUAUUUCAUGUAAAAACAUGAUCUCUCAGCAGCGGUGAUAACAGAUCUUCUUUGCCCCCCUGGGAACCGGAGCUGCGGUGGGAAGCUCCAUCACAGGGUUAAAGGUACAGCCGCGUGCGUCAGCUGAGACGUCGAGUGACGUCACGCGCUCGCGUUGAGGAGGAAGAGGAGGCUGGUCCUCGAGCCGCUGCAGCUCUCGAUCGUUUCACAUCUCCGAUCAUGUGCCUCGGGCGGACUCCGGCUCCUCCGCAGGAAGCCGCUCCACAGCCGCGCUGACAGCUCGUAUCCUUCCGCCUCUCCUCCAGCGGACCCCCCGCGUCGGUGGAAGGCCCCCGGCGGGACUCGGGAGCGAGUCAUGGAGGCCCCGGCGGAGCGGAUGGAGGACCCCUCUCUGUCGGACGAGCUCGCGCCGGCGCCCACACUGAGCCCGGCCGUGCCCCCCUACGUCACCCUGAGCCUGACGGUGGUCUACACCGUCUUCUACUCGCUCCUCUUCAGCUUCGUCUACGUGCAGCUGUGGCUCGUGCUGCGGUACCGACACAAGCGGCUGAGCUACCAGACCGUGUUCCUGUUCCUGUGCCUGCUGUGGUCGGCGCUGCGCACCGUCCUCUUCUCCUUCUACUUCCGGAACUUUGUGACGGCGAACACCCUGGGACCCUUCCCCUUCUGGCUGCUCUACUGCUGCCCGGUCUGCCUGCAGUUCUUCACGCUCUGCCUCAUGAACCUGUACUUCGCUCAGGUCGUGUUUAAGGCCAAGUCCAAGUACGCUCCGGAGCUGCAGAGGUUCAGGCUGCCGCUGUACCUCCUCUUCCUCUUCAUCAGCCUGGUGUUCUUAGUGGUGAACUUGGCGUGCGCCCUGCUGGUGAGGAUGUCCUCGGCUGAGGCGCGCACCGUCGUGCUCGUGAGAGUCGCCAUCAACGACACGCUGUUCGUCCUGUGCGCCGUCUCGCUCUCUUUGUGUCUUUACAAGAUCGCCAAGAUGUCGCUGGCGAACAUUUACCUGGAGUCCAAGGGAACCUCGGUGUGCCAGGUGACCGUUAUCGGCGCCAUCGUCAUCCUCCUSUACGCCUCCAGGGCCUGCUACAACCUGGUGGUCCUGGGACUCUCCAACAAGACCAUCAACUCCUUCGACUACGACUGGUACAACGUGUCGGACCAGGCAGAUUUACAGUCGACUCUCGGAGACGCCGGUUACGUCGUCUUUGGGGUGGUGCUGUUCGUGUGGGAGCUACUGCCCACCUCUCUGGUCGUUUACUUCUUCAGGGUGCGGAAGCCCAACCUGGACCGGAGCGGCUCUGGGCUUCCUGGUCACGUCUUCUCCUCUCGAGCUUAUUUCUUUGACAACCCGCGGCGCUACGACAGCGACGACGAUUUGGCGUGGAGCGUCAUGCCUCAGAACAUACAGGCCAGUCUGGCUGCUGACAGUUACGAGUGGGGGAGCCAAAACAGCGGCAUCGGCGCCUACAUCGGAGACGGUUACAGCUUCCCCCCUCCCUCAGAAGAGCUCGGCCAUUACUGAGCCUCCCGCCGAGCCGUGGGUUCACUUCGGUCUGUAGGUUUUCCUGCGCUCAGAUCGUCUCCUGUGGAUUUCAUUUGAUCUGUAUAUUUUUGCACAUUUCAUCACUGACCCGAGGCACAACUUCUUUAGGUUUCCUGUUACAUUUAGAGAAAAAACAAACUUUUUAAUUUUUACCCAGCGAUGGGACAUUUUUGCACACUUCAUGUUUUCUGUGUAAAUAACCUGCUCUUAGAGUUUAUGUUGAAUCCGUGUAAUAUAUUGUACUGUAAUACUACUUUAAGUACUGUGUUUAUUUUCAUACAUGUGUAAAAAGAUGUUUUAAUUCAUAUUAAAUUGUAAAACUAUUAAAAAAAAUCAUUUUUAACACCCUUUUUGUCAUCAGCUUUAUGUUCACURAUUAAAAAAAAUGAAAGGCAAUACAAUGUAAUCUCAAGACUAUCAAGGCAUUCUGGUUGGUCUGUUAUUUCAAUGUUUU